AUGUUACGUUCCAGCUCAUUCAGCGGCAACAGCAGCAGUUACGACGAGAAGCCUCUAUCCCGGCGCCGGCAUUCGGUCGAGGAAGGCAUGCUCCCCGCCCAGCAACGGCGGCAUGGGCUAUCCGCCAUGCUCGGCGUACGCACCCGAUAUCGCAUUGCGUAUGCGAUCCUAACGGCGUGUAUCAUCUAUCUGUUCGUGGUCGGGAUCGAGAAGCAGCUCUCUCCAUCGAUACCCUCGUUCGAGUCUUUCGCCGGUGAGAUCCCAGCAGAGACGGAGCGAGGAGGUACGGCCAAGGCGCGCGCGGCACACCAAGCAGCGAAGCAAGCCGUCCUCGGCGGCAAGCGGGUGCCCUUGCCUGCCGAGGUUGAAGGUGCACCCGCGCACAAGGUGAAGGAGGGCUUCCUGCGGGUCGACCCGAACGCUCGUGUGCACCCGAUCCAUCAAUUGAUUCGCGACGCCCGGCGCAAAUGGGACACAAAGCUGGCCAAGCAGAGCCGCACGCUUCGCGAGGCGGUCGACGAGUACCAGAACCGGUACUACCAGCACCCGCCAAAGGGAUUCGAGAAGUGGUGGCGCUACGUUGUGUGA